AAUAUCCAAUUGAACGGUCUUAAUUUCCGUGUGUGAUCCAUAGGAGCAUUAUUGAAAACGCUUUAUCAUUAUUGACGACAUGGAUACUACGAACAAUUAGGAUACGGAAAAUUAAUUGGAUAUGGAUAAAAUUUUAGCGUUCCUGAUCCUCGCCAGUCUGGUCGUUAGUGUCCGGACGAUGGUCAACACCCCGGCGCUGAGACUUCUGCUGCUGUUACCGGAGCGGAAGGGCAGCUUUUACUACCCAUUUGGAAUGGAGAAGACAGGAGCAGCGGUGUACGUUGCUUUGGAUGACAUUAAGGCGGAUGGUCUCCUGCUAAACAUGACCAUAGAGGUGGACAGAAUCAACACAAAAUGUAACGACGUGUACGCUCUCGGAGUGGGGAGUGACUAUCUACAUACACACACGUACCACGGUAUUAUAGGACCGCAGUGCUCGGGAGUAUGUCGUCACAUAGGCAGGUUGGCUGCCUAUUACAAUCUUCCAUGUUUGACGGGUGUUUGCCAAGAUACAGAAAUGCUCAACAAAGACACGUUCAAGACGCUGACCAGGCUACUAGGAACGUUUGACAAGGUGGGGCACGCAGUUAGGGGAAUCAUGGUUCAUUUUAAAUGGAAACGGAUUGGAAUUAUUUCCCAGAAGCACACUGACCGAAUAUGGAAGUACACACGCGAAGCUGUAGAAGAGGUGGUGACCGGGGCGGGCAUGCUGGUAGCUGUAAGUAAGGAGUAUAACGCUGCCACAAACGACAGCCUCAAGGCCAUUCUGGCGGAGGUAGCCUCGCUUUCAAGAAUUAUUGUUCUUGCUGUACGGGGUGAGACAUUGAGGACGCUAAUGGUCUUAGCUCACGAGAUGGCGCUUACAUCGGGAGACUACAUGUUUAUCAGCGUUUACUAUUAUGCCUCCGCGAAAACGUUUGGCGACAUCUCCUGGCUACAGAACGACGAAUAUGAUGACGUUGCGAUGACAGCUUACACCUCCCUGAUUUUUGUUUCUUACUUCACGCCACUGACACAUCUAUACCGGAAGUUCGAAGACGACGUUAAAAGAAAGUCCGAGACGCUGUUUAACUAUACGUACCAAGCUGAUGAAGGCGUAAGCGUGUUUAGUGUUUAGUAUAUGCUAAACUUACAUCAUGCUGA